GACGGUGAAUGUCGUGCGCGAUGCAUGCGCAAGUUUCGUCAACGUAGUAUGUACUAUAUUUAAUAAAUAAAUAUUCUAAAGUAAUAUAUAUAUAAUAUUCAUAUUUUAAAUUCAAUUUUCAAUUUGUUUUUCAUGUUUUUCAAUAUUUUUUUUAUGAUAAUAAUACUGCAAGAGAUAUUCGUAAAAUUCGAGUGUUAGUAAUUAUAAUUUCUAUAUCGAAAUCGAAACAAGUUUAAAGGGGUAAAAUAAAAUACGUAUUUGCUGUAAAAUAAUAUUAUUUAAUUGAUAAUAAUGAUGUUGUACAAGCUUGGAUUAUAAUUGUAUGAAGAUUAAUUUAUCUACAAGUAUUUAUUUCCGUGAGAAACUCGAUACAUCCAGUAGAAUCGACCUGAAAUUUACUGACUUACUGACUGACUUUACUAGCGAAAUAAAAGAGAGAAGGGUGACGUCAUUAUUUGGAAUUUAUACAUUUAUAUAUACCACACAUGUAUAUAUACACUGUGAGAUAAUCACGUGAAUAUUGUCUCAUUAGAAAAUAAAAAAGUAAAUUUACUGUCAGGUGUUACAAAUUUAAAUAAAAAAUAUAUAUUAUGAAUUAAAAUUAAUGUCUGAAAAUACUCCCGGUUACUCCAAAUAUAGACAAAAAAAAAAAACCUAUUUGUUUUUCAAUACUACUAGAUAAAAAUUGUGUUUCAAGAUAAAAUAACAAAAAAAAAAAAAAAAAAUUAACGAACAAAAAUAAGUUACAAUAAUAAUAAUCCACAGGAAUUUUUAAUAGACUGAACUGGAUUAUUGCACUAAAAAGACAAGUGCAAUGCCAUUUCAUCGUGGUGAUCAUCCAGGUGCAGUUGCAGUAUCAUACAGCACGAAUAUGGCACCACUAUCACCAAGUAGAAGAUAUUCAAGUAGUACCAGUACAACAACAUCUGGUAUUGGUAGUACAACAACAACAACAAAAUUCAACAGUUAUCGAUCACCAUCCAGUACCCUAGAACGUACAAGUUAUACAACGACAACAUCAUCCUAUCAACUACAACCAAAACGCAUACAUUGUUCACCAGCAAGAUCAGUCUCUUCAUACAACGACAUAAAUUCAUCAAAAUAUUUAUCAACAUCAUCAGCCUCAUCAACAAUAUCAUCUUCAUCAUCAUCAAAUAAUAAUCGUGAACGUAAUGGAUUAACACCAAUAUCAAAUUUAAGUUCUGAGGAAUUUUAUCAAAAAUAUUCACCUAAAAAUUAUGAACCAAAUAUACAUAAAACCAGUAGUAAUAAUACAACAACAAUAAAUGGUCAUUCAAAAUUAUAUUCAACACCAUCAUCAUUAUUAAAUGAAUUACCUGGUGGUGAUGAACGUGAUUCAAUAAAUCGUGAUUAUCGUGAUCGUUCAUACUCAAAUGAUACAAGUGUCAGUGAUAGAUGGACAUCACCAACAUCAACAUUGAGACAAACAAUACGUCGAAGUACAUCAAUCAUUGGAAAUGGACAUAACGACGAUACAAAUGAGGUAAUUCAGCAGUCAACUAAUCAUCAUAUUAAUAAUAAUAUUAACAAUCACAAUAAUCAUCAACAAAAACAGCAACAGUGUAUAGAAAAUAAUUUUUUAAAUGUUGAUAAUAUUAUUAUAAAUAAUUUUGAUGAUAAUAAUACCAACAAUAAAAAUAAUAAUUGUUUAAAUACAAUUGACAAUAAAUUAAUAACUGAUAAUAUUGAUAAUUUUAAAUAUAAUCAAUAUUAUAAAAAUACGACUAUUGACGAGACACGACAUAUUGCUAAUUCAUCAUUAACAUCGUCAUCUUGUCCUUCAAAUAAUUCAUUGACAAAUAUUACUUUUAAAUCAUCAUCAAAUUUUCUUAAAAAAUCAUUAUCAUUAAAAAACAUUAAUUCAUCAAUUGCUGAUGAUAAAUCUGCUUGGUUUUUAUCCUCAACUAAUAAUAAUAUCAUUGAUAAAUUAAUAAUUAAUAAUAAUUUUAAUACCCAAGUAUGUAAUUUACGUUUGAAUGAUUUGGAUGAUGUAAAUAUUGAUAAUUGUAAGGAUAACAAAUGGAUGACAACAACAACGACAGAAAUAAUAACAACAACUACGACAACAACAGCUAAUGAUUUGCAUAAGGAUAAUACGUUAAUUGAUAUAAAAAAUAAUGUUAUUGAUGAUACUGAAGCUUCAUUGGAUGACACUGAUGUUGAUAAAAAUAUUACUAACAAUAAUCAUGAUGUAUUAGAUGAUAAUAACUGUAAAAUUAUUAAUUAUGGUGAUGAUACAACAAAACCAUCAACAUCAAGAAAUAAUAAUUAUUUUUUAUGGAAUGAUAAAAUUGAUGAUUCAACAAAUUCAACAACACCAGUUGGUGUACAUCAGGCUGUUUAUCGGGGAAUCAGUGAUUCGAUUGAGGAAAGUGGAAAUGCAAGAUCAGCUAGAAGUAGAAUUCCAGGAAGACGAGAUGAUAACUAUGGUCUAAAUGGAUUAAGAAAUAUUGGAAAUACAUGUUUUAUGAAUAGUGUUAUUCAAUGCCUGAGUAAUACAAGACCACUAUUAGAAUACUUAUUAAAUGAACAAUAUUUAAAUGACAUUAAUACAACAACAUCAAGUAUGAAAGGUGCAUUGAUAAAAGCAUUUGCUCAAGUUAUACAUGAACUUUGGGAAAGUAGUGGUGAAAGAGUUGUCAAUACAACAGCAUUAAAAACACAAAUACAAAAAUUUGCACCAAGAUUUAUGGGUUAUGCACAACAGGAUGCUCAAGAAUUUUUACGUUAUUUAUUGGAAGGUCUUCAUGAAGAUGUUAAUAGAGUUACAAUAAAACCACAGCCAAUAUUGACUGACAUACCUGAUCACUACACGGACAGUCAUAAAGCAGCUGAAGGUUGGAAAAGAUAUCUUCGUAGUGAAGACAGUACAGUUGUUGAUGAUUUUGUUGGACAAUUACGUUCAUCAUUACAUUGUACAUCAUGUGAUCAUGAAUCAAUAACACUUGAUCCAUUUUGGGAUUUAAGUUUACCAAUACCAGCACGUAGUGGUACUGUUAAACUUAAUCAAUGUCUUGAGCAUUUUACUAAAGUUGAAACACUUGAUGGUGAUGAAAAACCAACAUGUUCUAAAUGUCAAAUGAGACGUAAAUGUACAAAGAGUUUUAGAAUUCAAAAAUUUCCAAAAAUUCUUGUUAUUCAUCUAAAGAGAUUUUCACCAACAGAAAGAUUUCGUUCAAAGCUCAGUGUACUAGUUGAUUUUCCAUUGACUGGUUUGGAUUUUAGUGCCUUUGCUGCUCCAGGUGUACAAGGAUGUACAUAUAAUUUGUAUGGUGUUGCUAAUCAUUCUGGUACACCUUAUUCUGGUCACUAUACUGCAUACUGCAAACAUCCAUACUCGGGUGAUUGGCAUGAGUACAAUGACAGCAGAGUUACAACUGUUUCUGGUAGCUCGGUUGUUUCAAGUGAAGCAUAUGUAUUAUUCUAUGAACAACAACAACAACAACCACUUGUACCACAUUUGUAACAAAACGCCACUCAUAGUUUUAUGUAAAAGAUUUAUUUAAAAAAAAAAAAGAGUAAAAAUAAUAACAAUCAACAUCUUGCCUCAUGGUGUUUUGUCAUAAUAUUAGUGGAUUUAAUUAUAUGAUUUU